UCCUUGUUCCCUCGAGAUGGGUGCCGCCGCGAAGAUGGCCGUUGAUCCUGCAAAUGUAGUGCAAGCACUCGUCUACACUUUAUUGGACGUCUUUGACGCUACAAGAGAUCUGCAUCAGACGCUGAGAGCCAAAGAGAGGCGAGAUUAUGAGGAGAAUCUGAGAUCGAGAGGCCGCUCGUCGUCGCGGCAGCUGGACUACUAUGCCGGUGAUGAAGAAAACGACAAAGGUGAUGAAUCGCUUGCGCUGGACAGGUCUGCGGUGAAUCGACAAUUCGAAAUCGGGCUCCGCGACGUAGGAACACAGUUCGCUGUAGGAGAUGUCGUCACACAGACUUUUCUACAGUCACAGAUCAUCACGCUACAGUCUGCACUCAUCACGACCUUUCUCUACGGCCCGACCAAACCAGAUCCCAUCUCGAAGCAUCUCUCUGUACUCGUUGCAGCAUCACGAGAAGCGGGCAUUCAAACCGUAGAUGCGCUUAGCGCCCAGCAGCAACGUCAGCUCUCCGUCCUGCCCACCUCGUCUCGAUCAACUCGAUCUCACACCGCACGUAGCAGCCAUGUACAGCCCCUUCCCUACCCGGUGACCGCAGACGGCUCAGCGUCAACCGCGCUGGUAAAAUCUUCACGACAUGACCACGAGGGAGACCGCGAAUCUGCAUACCCUGCGAAGACGACCAUCCUCAGUAACAGGCCCAAAGCGCAAAGAACAGACACCGAGUCUACCGCCUUCUCUGGUCCAACAUCCUACGCCACUUCCGCUCCACCAACCGCGUACUGCCUAUACGCCUUAGACCUUCAGCAACAUUCGAAGCAAAACCUCUCGCCGGCCAUCACCCAAGAAUCUACCCCCUUCUGUCCGCAUUGCCAGCGCACACUCCAACUGUCCCCCGGAAAAUCGUGGGAAGUCAUCAAACAAGACACGCAUCUAGGCCACGAGCGCAUCUUCCACGUCUCGAACCGGUUCGUAGUGAAGUGCCACCGCAGCGGUGCAGACGCUGGAUACUGCUGCGUGCUAUGUUCGCAGGGUUCCGGCAGCACCGAGACGGUGUGCGGCGACGUCAAGGCACUGAUCAAACAUGUCUGGCAAGAUCACGAUGUGCACGAGCUAGAAUCCGAGGUCGACGUCGAGGAGCUUGGCGACCGCGAUACUGCGCCCGGACGCAGGAACAGCGUGAAGCAUGUGGAUCGCAGGCGGGACAGCGGGAUGGGGAUGAGCAGUCGACGGAGCGUCAGUCUGGGGCCAUCAAGAGGAGUCGGUCGAACGGGCUCCGGGCGGCGCAGGUUCGAUAGGGAUGUUGUGGAGGUUGUGGAAUAUGGGCGAAGAGGACGUCCGAUUUGA